CCCCGGGCUGUGCCCCUUCGGUGGGGCCGGCAGAGGUGCCCCCGAUGUCCCCCGCUCCCCGCCUGGACUGUGCAGCUCUGGUGGCGAGCGCUGCCCCGGGGGAUGAGCCCCUGCUGCCCCAGGGAGGAACGUUUUGUGUCCCGUGGGAUUUUCUCGGGGGAAAAUCUCCAAAAGCUGAGGAAGAGCCGGGGCAGAGACCCCCCCCGGCUCCGGUGACUCCCGGCCAAGGCCAUGGACCCCAAGGAGCGCAAGAAGAUCCAGUUCUCGGUGCCGGCGCCCCCCAGCAACCUGGACCCCCGCGCCGUCGAGAUGAUCCGCCGGCGGAGGCCCACGCCGGCCAUGCUCUUCCAGCUCUCCGAACACUCCUCCCCAGAGGACGAGAACCUGCCCUACCAGCGCUCGUCGGGCGAGGGCUGCCUGCUCAAACCAAAGAGGACCAACCCGUGUGCCUACACCCCGCCCUCGCUCAAAGCGGUGCAGCGCAUCGUGCAGUCCCACCUGGAGAGUGGCAUGGGCGGGGGUGACAGCUCCGACGGGGAGCCCGACGACGGCUGCGACCCCGACAGCGCCCUCGAGUCUGCCCCGGGGAGCCAGGGCAGAGCCGAGCGCAGCUACUUCCCCGCCGGGCUCAAGGCGCACAAGCGGAAAGGCGGGCAGAAGGUGUCCUUUGCUGGUGGCAUCGACGAGCGCGAGGAGGACCUGAAGUCGCUGACAGUGUCAGAGAUCCCCGAGGACCCCGAGGGAGCGGAGGGUGACGAGGAGGAGCCGGGGCAGGAGCAGGAUGGUGGCACCGGGGAGCGGCGACACGUCGGCUUCGCUGAGGUGCCCUCGCGCCCCAUCGGCACCGAGCGCCACUCGCCCACCUUCCCGCUGGGCACCAGUUAGCUGGCACCGGGCACCGGGCACCGGCCCCCCGGCCCCCCUGGCCCCCGCAG